GCAUUGAAGCCUGGUCGGCCAGCUCCCACCCUUGCUUUAACCGCUGCUCUAUGAGCUGUUCCUUGCUCCAGUUAAUAAGUUCGUCCAUGAACUUUCCUGAUCUCCGCUGUACACACAUGAAGCUGGUCGAUUCAACAGACACCUGCUGGUUCUUCCGUUGUAUUCUAUCUGGUUGUUGCCACGUGAAUAGUGGUCGGUGUAACCUAGUUGACCCUUUGGUUCGUUGUACAGCUCCAGAGGGGGCGGCGCGCAACGUGGAACAGUUGGCCGGCGAGCCAGAAAAAUCCCCUGCUCAUUUUCCUAUAUAUGUAUAGCUUGUCUUCUCCGGCUUGCCCACAAGGCCAUAAGGCAGUGCUUGACACUACCCCACUCUGUUAACGUUCUUGUAGUAGCUAGUGACUGUCAACUCGCCUCCGAUCCUCCGAGACAGAUAGAGAGAUAGAGAAGAAGACAUGGGCCACAUGGCCAAGACUCACGUCCUGGUGCUGCCGAUGCCGUGCCAGGGCCAUGUCACGCCGCUCAUGGAGCUCUCCCACCUCCUCGUCGACCAAGGCUUCGAGGUCACCUUCAUCAACACCGACGUAGACCACACCUUGGUGGUAGCCGCGCUGGACGCCACCGGCGGCGGCGUGGCGGCGCUAGGCGGCGGCAUCCACCUGGCGUCCAUCCCGGACGGGCUGGCCGACGACGAGGACCGCAAGGACAUCAACAAGCUCGUCGACGCCUACUCGCGCCACAUGCCGGGCUACCUGGAGAGCCUCCUCGCCGACAUGGAGGCCGCCGGGCGGCCCAGGGCGAAGUGGCUCGUCGGCGACGUCAACAUGGGCUGGUCCUUUGAGGUCGCCAAGAAGUUCGGCAUCCGGGUCGUGUCCUUCUGGCCGGCGGCCACGGCGUGCUUCGCCUUCAUGCUCAAGAUCCCCAAGCUGGUAGAGGAUGGACUCAUCGACGACAAGGGUAUUGCGGGCUGCGGCUUGAGUGAACAAGGACGUUGAUAACUUGUGACACGCCCUUUGGACUAAGGGGGGUCUACUUGCAUCCAAUGAUAUUUAGUUAGGUACUUAUUUUUUUGCCAAAAAAUUUAUUAAAAUACUAUAUAGA